AAAUAAAAUUAUUUAAAAUAAACAAAUGACUAUUAUUUUUAAACAAUAUUUUUCUUCAAAUAUUAUCAUAUGACUCCCCCACUUCUGAAAUAAAGUGCAUUGGCAUUGAGUUUGACACGAAUGUUGCUUUUCAUUGGCAAUUAGAGUAACCUUCUGACACUGCUGCUAGGAAUAUUUUAUGUGUGACGUAAUUUUUUUAAAAUGAUAAAAGUUUUUCGAAUUUGAGAUUUUCACUUGUGCCCUCAGCUGAUGUUUUCUUUUCUUUACCAUUUCAACUUAAGUAUAUAAAAAUGGUGAGUAUGAACUCAAAUAUUCGAGUUUUUGCAAGUUAUCAUUAUAAAUACUAAGUAAUUAUUAUUUACUACAUAAUAAUGACAAUGAAUUCCUAAUCAUUGAAUCAUACUGAUUAGUACCUAGUUAAUAGUUAAACUUAAGACAACUUUAAGUAAAAAAAGUCUGUGCUGUAAAGUAAAGAAUAAAAAGAUACUAAAACAGCAGAAGUAUUAAGUCGGGCUGGGCAAGAGAGGAUGUCACUUUCACUUGGAAAAAGUGAACAGUGAAAGGCAUAGCUAAAUAGGCCUAAAUAAAAACGCCAGUAAGCAAGUUCAAUUCCGAUAACACUAAUGUUCCAUGGAUGUAAAAUGUAGUAAUAUAAAGCCAAAAAUUAAAUGAAAUGAAGAGAGUGAGUGUCUGGUGACUCUAGUCUAGGGUGACCAAACGUCCCGUAAAAACUGGAUUGUCCCGUUUUUUCACUGACCUACUCAGUGUCCCUAAAAAGUCUCUUGGGAUGCCUAAAUGUCCCAUUUCUAAAGCCAAACGCAUUUUCACUUAUAAGAUAAGAAGGAGGUUUCAAAAAUGGCUGGGACAACAGACAAAUAUCCUCAAUUUAAAUCUUAAACUAGAGAAAUUUAAUUUGUUGUGUUGUUUUAUGUUGUAAAAUAUGUAUAAAUAAAUACACUGCCAAAUAUUAAGGGCCCAUGAUCAAUUUAUUGAUCAUUUUGGCUUUUAUGCAUGUAGAGGGAAUUUGCAAUGUUUUUGUGCCAGAUGUUGAUGAGGAUAUUUCAUUGGUUGCAAGGGCUACUUUUUGAGGGUAUCAUGCACUGGAGGUUGGAAGGCCUGAGGCAAUUGACGCAAAUGUGUCAAGUGUUGCCUCAACUGUUUCUGUUAAUGUGGCAUUUAUUUACCAACAUUAUUAUGAAAUAAAACAAUGAUAAGAAAGGGUAAUAGGGGGGAGACUGCAAUCAGGUUAGCACAAUAGGAAGUGAGUAACAAAGUAAGGUUAAACCUGAAAAAAGGAACGCAUCAAAACAACAAACGUAUCGGCAGGAAGCCUUCGUCAGCGAACAAACAAGAAAAAACAGAAUAAAAUUAAAAAAUAGCACGUAGCUGAGAAGAAGUAUCCGAGAGGGCAUAAAAUUAAUUGUGACAGAAAGUAAGUGGGAGAGAUAUAAAAUAGGGAGGACGGAAAGAAUAGAGGAGAACUUAGUCUAAUGCGAUUAGGUCGUGACGUGGAGGGGUAGAGCUAGGCUCAAGCUGUAAAUAGAGACACGACGUACAUACCAUGUGUAAAUGUGCCAUAGGUCAGGAUAAGCUUGUGUUCCAAAUUCACCCGGCUGGGUGUGUUUGUGCUAUCCCCAAUAGCACAUAUUGAAAAGUUUGUCUUGCCCUGGUGGUCACUUCUAUUGAAGUGUUUGGAAACAGGACACUGUUUAUCUUGCGUAAUAUUACGGAGGUGUUCAGUACACCUGUGAUAAGAUAGAUGGCUUACAUCAGUGUCUUUUUGUCAACAGAUGCAGUUUAUGCUGUUAUUCAGCAGGCAAGGGAAAUUGAGGUUGCAAAAAUGGUUUGUGGCAUACCAAGACAGAACAAAGAAGAAGAUUACAAGGGAGCUAAUCACACUUGUUUUGGCGCGCAAACCAAAAAUGUGUAGUUUUUUGGAGUGGAAGGAUCUCAAAAUUGUUUAUAAGAGGUAAGAUUUGAGAAAUUUUGUUACAAUUGAAUCAUUUAAGGAAGGUAAUUAUUGUUUUGAAAUAUCUUUAGUUUGUACAUAUUUUAUACUAUUGGAAGCUUAUUUAGUGGCCCUUUUGUAAAAACAUAAAUGGAUUUUCAAUAUUUUUUUGUAUCCACAGAUAUGCCAGUCUGUAUUUCUGUUGUGCAAUAGAAAAUGAUGACAAUGAGUUGCUCACUCUAGAAAUCAUUCACCGUUAUGUUGAAUUGUUGGACAAAUAUUUUGGCAGUGUGAGUAGGAGGAGCUUUUAAAGCAAUAGCUAGAAUAUCAUUAGCUAUUCUAAAAAUUUGUCUAAAUUAUUCCUUAUAUGUCAAGGGACUAAUAUAGUUAUACAUUUGGUGAAUGUAACCUAAUGAAUACACCUGUUAGUACAGAACUAGAUGGUAUAUACCCUCUAUUAAAACAAAAAUAGAUUGAAAAUACCUUCUGUUUAUACAGAACUAGGAUUGACUUAAAUAAAAUUACUGAAUUAGAUCGAAAAAAAUAAUGACGCUGUAUAGCAUACAUUUGCUGUUUUCAAAAGUAGGCUUUAAAAGAGAUGCUCUUUCAGGUGUGUGAACUAGACAUCAUAUUCAACUUUGAAAAGGCCUACUUUAUGCUUGAUGAGUUCCUGCUAGGCGGGGAAGUGCAAGAAACCAGCAAAAAGAAUGUUCUCAAAGCAAUUGCUGCCCAGGAUUUGUUGCAAGAGGUGGGUAACACAUUUAAUCCGUCACACAAGCAUGAUCAUGAGGUAACACUUGAGAACUUGCCAAAUUUGACACACUCAAUAUGUUUCUACUUCCUCCCCUUUUUUAAAAAUAUAUUUAUUUUUAGUUCAUAAUAUGGAUACUGAAUUUAAGUGUAUUUGGGCCAAUCACAGGUAAUGGAGCCUCUUUUUAUAUCGGCAACUUUUCUAGUUUGGAAUUGCCUUUUUUUUAAAGUUUAGAUGUAAUUGGGUCACUUAGUUAUCUCUGUAAUAAAAAAAAAUUGAUUUUUAGUAUAUUUGAUUAUAUUCUUCUGUUUAUUACUGUGUUUUAGAGAUGAAAUGUUGUAUAUUUUACUUAAAAAUUAACAUUUCACUUUCAGUUUAAGCCCGUGCUUAUCAGGCAAAUAAGAAUAUGGAUGAAAACAAUUGAGUAUUUUAAGUUUUAGUUUACAGAUAACCAUGUGCCUAUAUAUAUAAUUAUAUUUCUUAAUUGGAUUUGUUUUGCUUUGGCUUAUUGAUUUUUCAACAGAUAGAAUAUAAUGGUUACACUCUCUAAAGAGUAAGUUGUUUUCCUGAAAAAGAUGUUUACAUUAUACCAGAUUUAUUUUUCUUAGUUGUUGUUUUUUUUUUUUGAAAGGCCUUUGUGCAGAAUUUAUGAUUAUUCAAGAAAACUUUUGCUUCUCUGAGAAUGUCCUCUGCACUAUUAAAACAGCAGUCCUGUUAGUGGAAACACUUUUCCUUGGGGGGGUCAUUCUUUUAUUCAGACAAAUUUUAAGCAUCAUCAGGUUAUGCUUUUCUGUGGUUUGGAGUUUCAUUGUGAAACAUAAAGAGCAGGAAGAAAACCCAUAAACUUAUUAGUGGCACACACGCGAUUUGUGGAUUAUUAAUCAAGAGCACCAGUCAUUGGUUGUUCUCAUAUUUUGAAGGAACAAUAAAGCUUUCAAAAUUGAGCUCAAUGUUGUGUUUUGACAUUGCAGUACUUCAGUUUGAGGAUCUAAAUGGUUUGAUAACUUUAAUUCAAAGAUUUUCUAAUAGUACCCGGUACUAAAAUAGGAGGUAAAAUUAAUUUGUGCAAAUUACUAACAGUCAGGUAUGAAUCACAACAAACUUGAUACUUAUUUAACCAUUUCAACAGGACUUAAGCUGCAGGAGAAUUGCUUUUAAACUCUUUAUUGGGAACUAUUAAGAGGCACCAUUUCUAUGAAGAUGCACCAUCAAUAUAUUAUUAUUUACUCAGAUCUGAUUGUAAAAUCUUGUUUAUGAGCUGUUGUCAGAUUUGGCUGUUCUUGAGGGGGGACACAACUCCAUCUCACAAUAAACAUUUCAAGGUGAAUCAUCAGUGCAAGGGUUAACAUGUAAUAGUGCCAAUUGGAUCAAUGAAAUUUCCUGAUUGUGAAUUCUUAGGAAAAAAAUGAGGCCAUUUGCAUAUCAUAUUCCAGACUUGGUAGAAAUUUUCAAAUGAAAGUUAAACAAGAAAUUAAAUUUAAAAGAAAAAAAAAUUGGCACUGGUAAUUCCCUAUAACACGAGAGAGCAUCAAAGUCUCUACCUUUCUCCCCUAACAUCACUCUUUCCCAAUCUCUCCUCCCUAACAUCACUCUGUCCCAAUCUCUCCUCCCUAACAAUCACUCUGUCCCAAUCUCUCCUCCCUAACAUCAGUGUCCCAAUCUCUCCUCCCUAACAUCACUCUGUCCCAAUCUCUCCUCCCUAACAUCACUCUGUCCCAAUCUGUCCUCCCUAACAUCACUGUGUCCCAAUCUCUCCUCCCUCACAUCUCUAUGUUCCUUCCCAUCUCUCUGUACAUUCCCAUCUUCUUCCUCUCACAUUGUCUGUAUUGUAACAAGAAUGAAAAGUAGGCUAUGUGGUGAUGUGCACAUCUAACUCAGAUUCACAGGAAACCCUGGCUUGGUUUUGGUUUGUCAUACUAACACAUACCUAGGCAUUAACCUUAUUUCAUGACAAUCUCAUCACUAACAGAGAACUCAUUCAAGAAUAACAACAUUGGUGGAGUCAUUUUGAAAUAAUUGUUGUUUUAUGCAUUUAUUCUUCUGUUAUGCAAUUAUCAUACAAUUGUUAUCAAUACUAUAAGUCUAAGUGUAUCAUUGCGUCACAUAUUCCGAGUUCUCAAAUGACCUGCCAACAUCCCUUUUGGAAACUUGUUUUUCUAUUUCCACUCAUAAUAAAUUUAGAGUUUUUGUUGUAUUAGAAUAAAAGGCACCAGUAAAUCUUGGAAAAAUUUAAUGUUGGAACUACUCUAAAAAGUUUGAUUGCCCUAAUGAUAUAGUGAAAUUUAAGAUACAAUUGUGUUUACACAUGAGAUGAUAACAUUUAAAACAAGAGACAAGUGGUAGUAGCAUUAGAAAGUUUUUUUUGGUUUUCUUCCCCCCCAAUUAAUCCUAUGUAGUGUAAGUAAAAGUCAAUAAUUUGGUUCAGAACUUGGUCAACCAAUCCCCAUCAUCAUUUGUUUCUGUCUGAUGUUUCUUUUUGUUUGACUCUGAAGGAUGAUGCUCUUCAAGAUGUUCUAGUAGAAUACGGGUUGUUCUAAACAAAACACAGCAAAAGUGAGCUCUUUUUGCCCACUCUUGAUAUCACUCACAACUAGUACCUUAUUAUAGUGUGUGUUUGCCUGAUUCACUCUGGGUUAUCCCCGUCGUCACACACGUUGUCCUAACUCUUGUUUUAUGCUUUGAUGUCUUUCUUAAAUGGUCUUAUGGGCAUGUGUUCUAAAAACAUGUUUUCAAAAUACUAUCUUGUUUUUUUUUAAUCUUUUCUAUGGGCAAUUGGUUUUCUGUAUCUAAAUAUACUGAAAAGGCUCAUGUUGAGAUUAACGCCAUGAAUGUGGAUCACAAUUAUAUCAAAUAAUAUUAACUGGUGAGAGGUUGCAAUAUUUAUAUAUAUAUAUAUAUAUAUAUAUAUUAUUAUUUUUUUUUUUGGUAUAAACUGGUGACAGUUCAGCAUUCUGCAUUUGAAUUUCCAUUAUAAUAUUGAAGCUGUCAGAGUGGUUGUUAGUUUAUUUGGAGAAAGAAGAUGGACGGACUUGUGAUACUUAAUGAUAGAUGAAUAUGUACCAUUUUAUGACAUAUGAUGUGUGCCAUUUCAUGACAGAUGAAUGUGAAUGAUGGCAUGACAGAUGAGUGUGUGCAGUUUCAUGAUGGAUGAAUGUGAACCAUGGCAUGACCCCAAGAAUGAGAUUGUUUGGUAAAUAUUUGGAAGGUCUUUCCUCAUGAAGCUGUGAUACUCACCAGAGAUUGAAUGCUGAGAAAGCAGACUUGGUGUUGAAUGAGUGUCUCUUGUUUGCCUAUUACUUAUUUAUUCCCAAGGAUGAAGCUGUUGAAAAUGCACUGAAAGAUUUGGGUCUGUACUAGACUUGGUUACCUCCCAUUCCCUCUCUUCUAUGCCAAAGGUCAGGUAUAGCUUCUUUUUCAGCUGCCCGCCACAUGCUCGGCUCAUUUUCUUUUAUUUCUCUUUGGUUUGGCAGUACGGAUAUAUUUUUGCCUUCACCCUAUAAUUUAACUGUUGACUUAUUAUGCAUGUUCUGAUAUGGACAGUGGACAAAAAAAAAUUACACCCAUAUCUAUCUAUUUAACUCUGUAUAUUUAUACUAUUAUUGCAAGCAUCAUGCAUGAAUAUAUCAAUACUGCCUGCAACAUAUCAAAAUAUUAACCAAAAUUUUAAUAAACGUGAAAGCCAUGAAUGAAGGACAUAAAAGAUUUUGUAAAAAGACAAUAAUAAACGAUAGGAUUGUAUUGUUACUUGAACAACUAAGUUACCUGUUGAAGGGUACAUGGUAGGAUUCUAAAGAGAAAAUCUUCAUUUCAUUAUUUGUGUGUCUGUCUUGUAAAUAAGAGUUAAGGCAUGUAAAGUAGAAAAUUGCAGCGCUAUCUUUUAUCCAUUCCAUGAAUUAAUAUUAGCCAUCAAUAAUAGGCAACGAGGGAGGUAGUCAAAAAUCAAAAUAACUAAUCGUCUACCUUUAGUUGUUUGUUUUUAUGGUCUGUUUUGGUGGUUGAAUAAAAUAAUUGGUUGUUUCUAUUUAUGAUACUGUGUGUAAGUAGAAGAUCAGAAUUAUAGUAAGUUAGUGGCUGUUAUUUUUAUUUCUGGUUUGACCAUUAACUAUGUCACUAUUUUGUGAAAAAACAACUAUCAGAUGUUGGAAGAAACUUCAUUUUAGAAAAUUCAGCAUUUAUUUAUUUAUUUAUUUAUUUAUUUAGGCAUUUUUAUAUAGCGCUUAUCAUAAAGCUCUAAGCGCUUUACAAUUAUUAAAACAUUUAUGUUUUAGAAAUUGGGCUUUGGAAAUGAUAAUACAAAGACCAUUAUAAUCAUCUCUUAUUUGCUGUUCAAAUGUCUCUCAAUGCAGUGUCUGUAUCUAAGAUGGUCUAUAUUCACUUCCUGUCUCAGUGUGUUGCUUUGUUUAGAUUCACUAUUCCAAGGCAGGUUUCUUUGGUGCUGUAGACUUUAAUAGCAAUCUGUUUACCAAAGUCAUCACAAGCUUGCCAAGCAUUGAUCUAAAGUAGUUGCCAGUCUUAAGUACUUUCAUUGACAGAACAUCUAUUUAGAUAAUAUGUAGACCAGAGCUCCGCAGACGGUGUGCCACAGAAAUGCCUCAGAGAGGUGAAAAAAGUAGAGCGUAUAAUAUAAUAUGUAGUAUCAUUUAGGCAGACAUAAAUAUAUAAUAAAACUGUGUUUAUACAAAAGGUGCAAAGGAAAUUAAAAUGAACAAAUACUGUGUAAUCUGAUGCUAAAAACCUUUUAGCAUUCAUGUGUCAUACUGUUGUUAGCAAUAUUCUGUUAUUUAGUAAAAAUAUAAUCUACUGGCUCAUGUUUUUUCACCUGUUUGCAUAUUUUGUUGGUUUGCUGUUAAAUUCUUGGAAAGGCCUAGGUGUGGAUCAACAGAAGUAUCAUAGGGGUUGAACUGCGUAGAUUAUUAAAAGUAACAGAGGUUGAACUUGGGGAAAGCUAAUAUAUAUAUAGUGGAUGUUAAAAGUAACAUAGGUUGAAAUGGGAGGAAAGCUAAUAUAUAUAGUGGAUUCCCAAAAAUAAACCAAGGUUUAUUCAAUUAUUCAAGCAUGCCAAUUUAAAAUCACUUGUAAAGUUACUUUGGACAAUUAAUUAACAUUUUUUAAAAUUCAGACUGGGAGUUGUGGUCCAUCCUCUGCAUAUCCUAGUCAACCGCCUCUCCUGAACUAAUCCUCAGCGAUUCUCUCCCAUAUUUCUUCUUCAUCAGUACAAUGAUUGUGUUUAUGUUCUCUCUGUUUUUGUAGAAGUUGUUUGUGUUAAAAUGCAAAAAUGGAAAUGAUAUUACCAACUCAUUUAUGCUGGUGUAUUGUGAACACUUAAAAAAAUUAUCUACAUUUGAAACUGAUUAACAAUAGCCAAAAAGAAUUGAAAUGAAACGCUAAUUCCAAGAUCCAUAAACUUAAAUAACUCAUUCAAAUAAAGUUAUUUUUAAAGGUGCAUUAUUUUUCAGUUUUUUGUUUUAUACUUCUGUUACAUAUUGCAACUAUAUAUAUAUAUAGAGAGAGAGAGAGAAACAGAGAGAGUAGAUAUAUUUCGACAAGACAUCAAAACUAUAUUUUCAGAUUAUGCAAUAUGCAUGAUGUUUUGUUUUCUACUACUGCCUGUGCAUUUCUCAUUAUAUAGACUGUUGGUUAUCUCAUUUAAAACUUUAAUAUUACAUGAAGCCAGAUCUCGUUUUUUUUUUUUUUGGUUAUAGUUUAUAUAUGUUUCUAGUGAACAUCAGAUGUUACACUACAGAUGACACUCCAAGCCACACAUUGGCUGAGUAUUGAAUAAACAGGACCAGCUUUACUUAUUUUGUGACGUGCUUUAAAAAUUUGCAAGCAAUAUUUCCCUCAUUAACGAAAAAUUGAUAGGAUUGCAUUGUCCCACUCUGAUGUCAAUAAAUUAUUUUUCUUCUUCUUUGCCUUAUAUUCUCCUAGUGGUUCAUAGGCCAUUCACAUAUUCCCAUUCACCACUGUUCUGAGCUAUUUUCUUCUAGCUCAUUCAACUUCUUGUCCCAUCUUUCGCUCUAACAAUCAAUGAUUUAUUUCACAAACUGACCCAUGAAGUCUUGUUUUCCCUGUAUUCACAGGAGCAGAAAUAAGUGCGCUUGUAUUUGUACCAACCAGGUUGUUGCUAUUUUCAACCCUUCAACUGGAAAAGUUAAAACUAUUAUUUUCAAUUUUUUUGGUCAGGAAACUGUUAAAAAAUGAAUUCUGUUUUGACAUAAUACAUUAUUGGCUAAUCACGGGCUAUUUAUUUUGUUUUGCUUUUAAUGCUCCUAGAAAGUUGCCCAUUAUUAGUGACACAUUAUUUUAGCAAGACCUCAAGUAGUUGCUACGCAAUAUUAUUUACGAUAACAUCUUGAAGAGCAGAGUCUAACCCCUAUUUGUUUCAGGUUGUCAUUGGUUUGUAAUCUCACCCAGACUUGAGUUCUAUCUCUUCUCUCAUUUGCAUUUAAUUUCUUUCAAUAAUCUACUGUCACCAUGACCAGCAUCUGUUUCCCACGGAAACAAGUCUUUUCUGCUCCUUUGUUUGUCUAAAAAAAAAUGCUCCGAGGAAUAUUUGCACAUACUCUUCUCCCAUUGUCAUGACAUAGAUGCAAAUAUUAUUUAUGUUGCUAACUUGUAGUGUCUUGCGCUAUGUAAAAACUGUUUGUGUUGUGCUAUGCUCUUUAAUUGAUUGCCCACCUUUGAGAGAAAUGAUAGUGCAGCUGACCACUCUUCACUUAAAAAUUAGCUUUAAAAUCUGCCAUCAUCCAUCGGUCUUGUUUUUUUUUCUUUGCUCUGUCCAUCAGGAGGAAACACCUCAAGGAUUCUUCGAAGACCAUGGCUUAGGCUAAAGCUCUGUGAUGCACUGCACUCCACCCCUUCCUCCCUGCCCCACCCUCACUGCAUGCUGACUGGGCCUUGAAUGAUAAAAUAGUUGAUUGAUAUAAAGUCACUGUAACAUUAACCAGAUAUUUAUUUAGCCAUGGACGGCUGCAAGAAAUAGGGGAUUUUCAUUAAAACUCAGAACUGGGGAUAACAAAAUCUUUCUUUCAGCUACAGUGUUAAUGACCCUUUUGGUCUCUAAAAUUAUUUUUAUACAUAAUCAUUUUGUACUCCAGUAGGAUCAACCAUUAUGGCACAUAGUGUGUAAUUUUAUUGUUUACAAAGUUACUUCAUGACAAACAUUUGUUACAUAAUUUCUGUGUACAUUUUAAUCAGAGCUGUGGAGUGUUGUAUCAAACAUUUAGACUCUACACCAUGUCCUGUGUAUGACUCUGAAAUGUGUUUAAUCUAACACCAUGUCCCAAGUAGGACUCAGACAUUCAUUUAGAUAGACUAACAACAUACCCAACAUAUGAUGACAUUCAUUUAGAUAGACUAACAACAUACCCAGCAUAUGAUUCAUUUAUUCAUUGAAACACUAGGCAUAUAUUUGAACCCUAACCUUGGGGAAAAGACUCAUGUCUCCGCAGCUCUGAUGAGAAUAUUUAUGAAAUUAAUCUGUUCAUGUGAAUAAAACAACAUCUCAGUUAAAGAGCUGUGUAAUAAAAGUCCUAGCAUAAAAAGACUAGCAUAAGUCAAAUUAUAAAUGAAUAAUUGCAGUAGAAUUCCAUUUGAAAUACUGUCAAUAGUCCUUAAAGUCUCUCUGUUUGCCUCAAUUCAUAUUUCACUGGACUUCUUUAUUGCUCAUUGAGCGGCUCAUUAAUAAUGAUACAAAAAAUACAUACAAGUUAGUCUUAAUUUUAGCUUUGAUAUCUCCCAAUAAAAUUAUAAUGCGAAUGUUCGACUGUAAAUUUCUCUUAGUUUCAUGCUCUGCCUUUAGCUUUUUGUUUUGUGUGGUGACAUUAACAAUUAUUUGUAAAAUCUGUUUAAGUUGGGAGAAACCAUCAUUCAUUGAUAGUGGUAGUAGGUUAUUAACUUUAAUUGCUUUGUGGGGGAUAUUUGUGUUGUGUUUUCAGCUGAUCUUGGUUUAAAACUUGGUUUUGCUUCUGCUAGGCUGAGAAAAUGUUAAAACUAAUUAUAAAAUUGGAAAUCUGGAUGUAGAUACAGAACAUCUUGUGGCAUUAAUGUAUCAUAUUUAAAGUGACAGUUCACUGAUGAGCGAGUAGUGUCUAGUAGUUGAGCCAAGAAUGACAUUUUUCGCAAGUGUAAAUUUGUCUUUUUUUUUAAUAUGAGCUGUUGAUUUAAGACUUUAUUCAUUUUUUAUAUUCAAUUUAUUUUAUAAUUGACUUUGUUUUUGCUACUGGAGAUUUUCAUUAUGAACUUUGUUUUUUUAAUUCCAUGACUUAAAUUUUUUAAUUUUUUUUAUAUGUGGUGUAAGAGGUGGACACUUAAUUUUGGAGGCGAUUGAAUUUUAAAGAACCAAUAGAGUUGGAGCACUGCUAAUUUAAAUUCAAUUUCUCAUUAAAUAUAUAUAUAUUUGAAUUAUAUUUAAUUUUAAGCCAAAUCUUGGAUAUCUCAGGAGGAAAAGGCCUUACCACUAACCACAAAAAAACAUCUACUUGGCUCUUAGUCCAAACAAAAUCACCUCAGUAUUUCCACAUUUAAACAUUCUAUCAAUUUAAAAUAUGUAUCCAUGAGUAUGAAGAGAUGUCUUUGGUUUUUAUUAGUCCUCUUGUUUCCAAUUUAAAUUAAUUUAAUUAAAAUAUAUAAUUACUGCAGCCUACACAAUUUAUUUUCCUUUAAAGCUAAGCUCCAGUUUCUGUUCAGUCUGCAUAUUUGAUUAAACAUUGUUUUAUUCCUGCAUCAUUCCAACUUAUUGUUAUAUAGAAAAUAUUAUUAAACUUGUGACAUGUAAUGUGUAAUGUCAAUUUGACAAAUCCAAGGUUUUCUGUUGAUGAAUAAACCCAUCUUAUGCUUUAUUUGUAUUCAAAAUAUUUGUUCUGUUAACUUUGUCCAAGAUAAACUGAAUGUUGAUACACAUAAAAUUAAAAGAAAAUAUGUGCAGUAGUUACCAGUUUUUAAACAUUUCUAUCAAUUCAUUGCCUAAGUUACUUUCCAUGUGUUGUCCACUCAGUUCACAGUCAGCAUGUUGCUAGUGCUUCAUUUGUUGAUUAAUAUUGCUGCUGCCUCCCCACUUUAUAAAACAGCUUAAUUUGCUAUCAGUGAUCAGGCUUUAAAGAUCAAGCUGGGGCCUGUGGUGUAACUUUGAUCAACAGUUAAGGAAAAAGUCUCCCAAAGUCAUCUUUGUAUAUCUAUUUUUUAUUUAUCAAAUUUGUGAAAACAGAAGCUAACAUUCCUGUAAAAUUCAUUGUUUAUCUCCUAAAGCCUGUUUAGCUUAUCUGUAUAAAAGUGAAACUGGCAAUACUUUAUAGAUCGUUUAUCAGCCUUAGUUAAACACAGACAACACAUUUACUUAUUGGAAAGGUUGUUUUUUGGGGGUUUUUAAAAAAAUUAAUAUUGCCUUGGAGAAUUGAAUUUAUUUCUUGAUGUUGUCUACAUGAUCUUUUCCUCACUCAUUAGUUCUGACCUUAUUACUUUGCCGCAAGAUUAUCACUUAAAUUCUGUGUCAUGUCAAUGCCAGAAAUCUCUUAAUUACUGCGUUAAAGUUCUUUUCUCUUGAGGUUUUCAAGCAGACAGUCGCAAACUUAUUUACUUAGUAUCACUAACCAUCAGAGUAGGAUCUUUUACUUGUUCUUUGAAUAGAAUUUUUAUUUUCAAAGACAUGGGAAGGAUUUAUUUGAAUACCUGUAUGCAGUUAUAUAUAUAUAUGUUAUAGUUUUUACUUUUUAUUUGCAUGAAAAACAACUUUCAUCACAAAGUCUCCCAUCAAAACAUCCUUUUGUUUUAAAUACCGUAUUUAUUGGUGUAUAACACGCGCUUUUACUCCCCGAAAAUAGGGGGCAAAUCAUGUGUGCGUGUUAUACGCCGAUAUAAUGUUGAGUUUUUUCCCCUGAAAUUUCCUUCUUAAAUUGAGGUGCGCCAAUAAAUACGGUAAUUUGAAACCUUGCCUUUACAAAAAAAAAAUUUUUCUUCUGAAGAAAAAAAACGUCCACAUUUAGAUUUAUCUCAGUUUGUUAGAAACUGCUUUCAUUUAUUAGGUGGUGGCCCCCAGUUUUAUUUUGUGCACGUUAGUGUUAGUUAAAACACUAAAACUAGAAUGAAUGGACAGGUUUUUGUAAUUGUUCAUAUUUAUUAUUAAUAGACCAAAAUCAAUUACAACUACAGCAAACAAAAAAUUACUGGCUGUAAUGAUUUUUAAAAAUAGAGUAGAACUGAUCUAGUUAAAAAGAAAUGUUAAGAGUAUGUCAAAGAAGUACUUUUCUCCUGAAGUCAGACAAAGCCAGUCCCAAUAAAGAGAACAUUGAGUAUAGGUCAGUAUUGAGGACAUAGGAGCAGCUGGGGUUGGCAUCUCUCCUAGUUUUUUGCUGCCGCCUCCUGCCAAAAAAUCUCUGCAGUUGGCCAAAGAUGCCACCCCUCCAAUUAAAGAGAAAUAAGAGCUGCCCAGGGGAGGACCCCCCCCCCCCCCCCCCCCCCCCCCCAUAUCCCCUUUCUACACCACUACAUAGGCUACAAAAUCUUAAGAAUGCCAACUGAGCAUUCAAGACGUCUUUUAAGAUUCCUAUGCAAAAACAUAAACCAUUUUUUCAUUGCUAAUGAAUCUUAUGUAAAUUGCUGUUCGGUCCAAACAGAAUUAACUGGAUAAAAAUGUAUUUAUUUUAUAAAAUACCCCCAUCUGGCCACACAAAAAUGAACCAUGUAAAUUGCUGUUCGGUCCAAACAGAAUUAACUGGAUAAAAAUGUAUUUAUUUUAUAAAAUACCCCCAUCUGGCCACAUAAAAAUGAACCAUGUAAAUUGCUGUUCGGCCCAAACAGAAUUAACUGGAUAAAAAUGUAUUUAUUUUAUAAAAUACCCCAUCUGGCCACACAAAAAUGAACCACCCGGUACUCAUGACAAUAUACAUAUUUUUUUUUAAAAUUAAGAAAGCAAAAAAAAAAAGUUCUAUAAAUAGUCAAAAAUCUUGAUGAAACACUGAUGGCUUCAACUGAAUUUUAAAAACUGGUCAUACAAAAGAGGUGUAUCACAUGCCCUGCUUUACAGCAGGUGUAUCACAUGCCCUGCUUUACAGCUGCAUGUGUUUCCUAUGAAUGGCUUGAAAUAUGCAAUCUAUUUAUAUCUUACCCAUGGUAAGUUUGAUUGAUGUUUAGUAAGGUAUAAAAAUUAAGACUAAGGUAUAUAGACUAAAUGAAGGAUUCAUAGGUAAGUACUGUUCAUUCAUCAAUGUAUCUUUGAUUUGUUAGACUCAAUUUUUCAUGUCCUUUAAGUGUACUUUACUAGUGAGACUCAUUAUAAUUAGCUUAUCUUAGCAUUAAGAACCUGAACAAAAAAUAAGUUCUAAAAAAAAUUAAAAUAAUCCAUCUGACAAUACAUAUUUCCCAUAAAGUGUGUUCACCAAAUAUCAAAUUUUGUAGUGAACUCUUUGAAAAACUGUUUUUUCACUUCAAAACUCAACAAAUUCUCAAGUUAUGUCAAAUGUAUUUAUUAUUAAAAGCAAUGGUUCUUUGACCAUGAAUGACCUACUCCAAAAACUUAUUGCACGUACAUCACCAUUCACCGUUAAGUUUUACCACUUCCCUGAUAAUUACAUUUUCUAUGGGCAAGGAUCUUUGCAUGAGAGUAACCCUCUACUACAUGGAGCAUGUCUUCCAGAGAAGUCAUUUUUUGCAUUAUGCAAAUAUGAGCAUGAAGAUUUUAAUUUAGGUUACUCAAUUUAUAUUUAACAUUUCAUUCUUGUGUGUCUGUCAUUUAAAUUUCAUAAUUCUAUACACAAUAUUUUAAAGCUAGUUUGUUUUUUUAACUCUUAAAAAGUUGUUUUUGUAAAGGGACACAACUUUUUUUGUUGUUUUUUUUUGUUAACAUAUUUUACAGAAAGUUAUAAAUGUUCAAUAAUUGAUUCAUUUUAUUAGAUGGUUGCAGCUCCAAAAUUUAAAUAUUUGAAGGGCUAUCAGAAUUUUUCAUGGGUCAGACAUAAAAGCAACUAUUUUUGUUUUUAUUUACAUAGUUAUUUUUAACAUAUUUAAACAAAAACUCUUAUUCUGAAAAUGCACAUUUUUAAAAUGGAAUAUUUUAUUUUUGCUUAGAAUAUUGACGGUACUUAAAACUAAGUUAAUCAUAAUUCACAUUUCUUUUCCCAGGAAUCUGAGGAACCCAAAAGUUUCCUGGAGGACUUUGGUUUCAUGGUAGGAAGCAGUGGCACAUGACUGGCAGAAAUCUCAUUGACAGUCGUACAGCUCUCCAGGAAUACCUUCCUGUCAAGAUAUUUUAUGCGACAUAAAAUUUUUAUGAUAUGAUGAAUUUAGUUUUUUUGGUUUUUUUAAUGUAACUAAUUUCAUUUAGGCUGUCAUCAUCUGGCCAUUAUUUGAAGCUAUCUCUCGGAUCCAUCAGACUUUUUAAAUCAAAUUUAUUUAUUUUAUUUAUUUAGGCAUUUUUAUAUAGCGCUUAUCAUAAAGCUCUAAGCGCUUUACAGUUAUUAAAACAUGUAAACUAAGUAAAUACAAAUGAGACACUAGGAUAGUAACUACUAUUCUAUAGAAACAAUGAAAAUGGCUAUAAAAAGAGGACACUUUGACACUUCAGGAUUAAACCGAAACAGAAAAUUAGGUAGGGCAAGGAGGGUGCAUCACAGGUCAUAGGCGGACCUAAACAGAUGAGUUUUAAGGGACUUUUUGAAAAUGGACGAGGUUUCACUAUGACGUAUAUGGAAGGGGAGCUGGUUCCAGAAGUUAAAUAACUUUAGAUUAACAAUCAAUUUCUUAUAUAUGCCUAUAUUUGUAUUACAUGGUCAUUCUUAACUUGGCCAGACUGACUGUAAUUGUAAUAAAUUUUCUCAAGGAAAAAUUGUAUUGAAAUACAGAUGUUUUUUCUGAAUGUUAAAUAUGGCAUCUGUCUGUUUCUAACUUUGUUCAUAAUUUUAGAAAUUUAGAAACAAAUUGGGUCUAUUUUAAUGUGUACCGUACAAAUGCAGAAUUUUAUACAUGUUUAAGAUUUAAAAUUAAAUGAAUGAGACUGAAUAGAGUGUGAGUGUGAAGUAAUGGGAAUUAACUGAAGAAAGAGGCUUCCAACUUGCUCAAGUUAAAUUACAUUGGCAUAGGAAGGACUCACUUAGGCUAUUCUUAGUAUUCUUAGGGCAUUGGUAGAUAAUGCUGAUUACUUGAACCUGAAGUCCCUUACACUCAUGUAUUAAAAAUGUUCACAUGCAUGUGUGUCAAAUUAACAUUACAUGUGCCAACUAGUAAGGAGGAAACAUAGGUGACCUAUUGCAUUUUGUAGUAUGACUCCAGUAGUUUGUAUUCUACUAAGUUAAAAAUAAGGAUGACACUUUGUGAUAUUUUUUUUAUUUUAAUGUUCAAUUUAGUUCAAAUAAAUGUAAGUCUGUACCAUCAUGUGGUUUAUAAAAUAAAAGUGCACUUUUCAUCUGCUGGUUAAGCAGUUAAUGCCAUUCCAUUCAAUGUUUUCUUGUAAAAUAUCUGCUAAAGCUAAUAUAAAUAAAAUUAAUCUACU